AACUUUAAGUAAUCUGAUAGGAGUAAUAAAAAAAAGCGCACACCAGAAUAAUAUCCGGUAAUCUAAUCUUUGCACUGAACCACUCUCCGUUGUUCUCUGCUCUUUGAGUAAAUGGAAGCAUUAGUAUGCAGAAAUCUUGGAGACCCCACAAUCCCUCCAGACUCAUCACCUGACUCGCCGCUCACUAUCUCCAAGUCUCACCCUGUCCCUGCAUUGGCCUCGCCAACUUGUGUUCGAGUUCGAGUUCGAGCCAACACUCUCAACUUUGCUACUAUGCUUAAAGUUGAGGGCAAGUACCAAGAGAAAGCAGCGCUGCCUUUUGUACUUGGCUCGGAUUUUUCGGGUGUGGUAGAAGCAGUUGGAGUUGAUGUUAGUAGACUUAGAGUGGGUGAUCGUGUCUGUGGUGCCAUAGAUGUUGAUUCUUUUGCUCAGUUCCUUGUAGUUGACCAGGCUAAACUGUAUCGAGUACCUGAUGGGUGUGAUCUGGUUGCAGCUGCUGCACUUCCGCUUGCAUAUGGAACAUCAUAUUCUUCCCUGAUUCAUCGAGCUCACUUACAUUCUGGUCAGGUAUUGCUUGUUCUUGGAGCAGCAGGGGGAGUUGGGCUUGCAGCUGUGCAAAUCGGAAAGAUUCGUGGUGCCACUGUCAUUGCAGUUGCUAGGGGGACUGAAAAGGCGGACAUAUUGAAAUCAAUUGGCGCUGAUCAUGUAGUGGACUUGAACAAAGGGAAUGUAACUGCAAGUAUUAAGGAGUUCUUAAAGUCAAGAAAGCUUAAAGGAGUUGAUAUUUUGUAUGAUCCAGUUGGAGGUAAGUUGACGAGAGAAUCUUUAAGGCUCUUGAAUUGGGGUGCACAAAUCUUAGUCAUUGGUUUUGCAAGCGGCGAAGUUCCUAUCAUACCUGCAAAUAUUGCCCUAGUCAAGAAUUGGACAAUUCAUGGAUUCUACUGGGGACACUAUAAUGAUGUAAUCCGUCCUGGUGCGCAAGAAGAUUCUGUGAAGGAGCUUUUGUCCUGGUUAGCGAAGGGCUUACUCACUGUUCACGCUUCUCAUGUUUACGGCCUGUCAGAGAUCAACCUUGCCUUUGCGGCGUUAAGGGAGAGAAAUGCUAUUGGAAAGGUGAUGAUUGUUUUCGAUGAUCUGCAAACUGGCCACUCUAAGCUUUGAUCUAUAAUGGAGUCUGGAUGCACAUUGAUCUCAGCAUUGCUGGAUCCAGGAAACAAAAUUCACCUGGGCUAACUUUGGAAAAAAAUUUCUUUGUCAAAGGACAAAUCUUGCUUAAUUUUGUUGUUAAAUUAUCUUUAAAUUUCUAAUCUUCUCCCUUGCUUGAAAACCUGGAGUUUUGUUUUCAAGUUUCUUUUUUAUUUUCUUCCCUAA